CACCAUUGAACCGAUAAGUGUGCCAUCAACAGCAAGCAAGCAAGCAAGCACUCAACCCGGACACCUGUCGCAUACGUAACGAUACCAUCGAAACGAACGAAAAACCCCGAAAUGCUACUGCGGCAUUAUCGUGUAGGCCCACCUUGACGAGCCCCUCCUCCGGCGCGCAACGAACUACACUGAACGCACCCCUCUUCGGCCAACAAUGUCUCGCAAUGCCAGCGCAGUCCCGUCCUUGCGCAAGGGACCGAACUGGUCCUCCCAUCUUCGGCAAUUUAGCCGGAAUAGCCUCGAGCCGCCAUCGGCGACAUCGUCCAUCGACUCGCCGCGGUCUCCCGACACCGUCUCCAGCGCAUCGACCAUCCGAGGCGACAACUCGUCCAGCUCUGUCAAGCAGCGCCGCCUCGAGCGGAGAUGCACCAUCACCGUCAACGAGGGCUACUCGCGCGACGAGGUCCUCUUGAGUCCGGAUUUGGUCAAGGGCGACGUCAAGCCGGGCAGCCUAGUAGCCAUCACCGUAAUCAGGAGCGAGGGCGACAAGACAGCCACCAAGGAUCAUGCGGCCCGCAGCGGCAACGCUUCCGGCGGCACUGGGGCCGGGACCGGAGCCUCACAGGGGGACAUUACGACAGCGGAAGGCACAGCGCUGGGAAGGAAAUACUUCUUCGUCGCCAAGGAGAUGUCCAAGGAGCUUAGGAGCCGCUUGCCCAACGUGGACAUCUAUGUCGUCAAACACAUCGCCGACGCAUUUGGGAUGAAGAAGGGCACACAGGUGCUUCUGACGCCUGUAGACGCGGAUAGCCCCGCCACAGCCGCCUCGCACGUCGAACUCUCCUUCAAGGACCAAUACCUCUCACGCUCCGACAUGUGGCGGCUUUCCAUCGGCGAGCUGACGGAAAGGACGGUGUACAAAGGUCAGUCGAUACUGUUCAUGGGCACGAUCAAGGCGCAAGUCACGGCGGUGUACGUGGACGGGCGCAAGACGCAUUCGGCCUUCUUCACGAGCAACACGAGGCCGAUCUUCCGCAGCGAGUCAGCACGAUACGUGCUGUUCAUACAGAUGGCACGCGAGAUGUGGGAUUUCGACUCGGAAGGGUCCGGCGAGAUCCUCUUCAACAAGGUCGUCAACGGGUUCCUGCCGGCGCUGUUCAAGAAGUGGGCGAAACUGAAAGCGAAGCACCUCGUGAGCAUCGUGCUGUUCGCGAGAGUGGAGUACGACACGGGCCUGACGACGGAGCUGGCGAGCAGCGCGCUGCACGGGGACUACUACACAGGCACCCAGAUCUCGGGGGAGCGCAGGCCGUACAAGGACUUUUACCGCGUCGUCGUGAGCGACAUGGCGAGCGGCGAGUGGACGACGAUCCUAUACCAGCUAAAGCGCGAGUUCAACUUCUUCCGCCGGGACAUCAGCCUGCACCACCAGCAGGCUGGCAGCGCGUUCGUGCCGCUGGCCGAGGAGAUGGGCGGCAAGGGCGUCGCGUCCAACAGGGUCAAGGCCGAGUCGUCGCUGGCCAUGCAUGGGAACUUCCUCGAAGCCAUCAACCUCGCGUCGUCGCAGUUUGCGCACGAUUACGUCGACCGCGACCUCAUGCGGACGGGCAUCUCCAUUGUCGUCAUUAGCCCCGGGCCCGGCGUGUUCGAGGUCGAGUACGAGUCCCUCCGCCGGACGACCGAGGCCCUUGUCGGGAACGGCAUCGGCAUCGACCUCAUCUGCGUGCCCAAGAUGCCCCUCCACUCCGUUCCACUAUUCCGGUAUCGUACCCCUCGGACGUCGGAAGACUCGCAUGGCCUAUCAAGGUCGAGGUCCGUACGGAGCCGCGAGAGCACGCCGAAGCAGCAGGCCACGCCCAUCAUCGGCAGCUAUCAGUCGCUGUCGGAGUCGCUGUCCCCGACCAAGGGGCUGGAGCUCACCCACCGCAUUAACACCCUGGCGAACCCGCCGGACGAGUGGUCGUACGCGCUGCCGCAGUGGCUGCACGUCUCGUACUGGACUGGGACGUCCGAGGAGGCGCUGUCGUAUCAAGGCAUCGCGAUCUCGGCGUCCGACCAAACGGAGAAUCAGGAGAGCGACGACUUUACCAUCCGCGCACGCAUGUACGACCUGCAGAUGCGGAGCGUCCUCGAGACCAACGAGAUCGAGACAACGCCGCUACAGGCCGAUCCGCUGUUCCCCAUCACCACGACCGAGUCCAAGAGCUCUUCGCAGCGGUCGCGACUGGGGACGGAGGAGAUCGCCGCGAUCCCCAUGAAGCGCCACCCGGACACGCUCUUCGACCACGUCUACGGGUUCCAGAAAUUUGUGCCGGACCGGCUUGUCAAACCGGGCGAGAAGUCGCUGUGGAAGCAGCUGCAGGAGUACGACGAGACAAGGGCGCGGCUGCCCAAGACGCGACGCCCCGCGCACGCUAGGGCGUCGCGGGACCUCGAGGAGACGACGAGGCGGCAGCUGAUGGAGGACACGGGUUUGUUCGGCACGUCGCUGCCCGAGAAGAAGGUCGCGCCGAACCAGGGCCUCGCGGCCGUCGCCGCGGGGCGAAAGCUGUCGGUCAACAUUGCCGACGCCGAGAAGGCCGAAAUCGUUGCAUCUGCACGGAAAGCCGCGAGCCGUCCGCCGUCGACGGCGAAUUCCGCCGGCGGGCCGACGCCCUCCUCGGCUUCGUCGUCGAUGCCCGACUCCCAGAGCGCGACGUCCAAGAUGUCGUCGGUGAACUCGCCCUCGAAAACGCCCAAGUUCAUGCGGCAGAUCAGCCUCGGCCUGCGGGGGUUCGGCGUCGCGGCGCCAAAGGUCGUGGCUGCUGAGGCCAGCUUCGAGACGGUCAAGGCUUCCACCGAGCAGAGCGUGCAGAGCCCCACGACGCCGCUGGUCAUGUCGACGAUGCCGCGGCCCUCGUCUCCGCAGGUCAUUAAGCCGGCCAUGUCAUCGCUUUCGCCCCAGCUGUUCCGGUCGAGCUCGCGGGACACGCUCAAAGACCUGCCGUCUACGCCGAGCAUACCCAUCAAUCUGAAGUCGUCGCGCAGGGGCGAGAGCUUGCUGAGCCAGCAGCACCGGUACGGCUCGAUCCUGCCAUCGUCGCUGGCGCGCAAGGACCAUUUCCGCGAGGAUCCCGACCAGAGAAACUCGCACGCCUUGAGGGCCGAGGACGACAAUACCAAAAUGUUCAAUAGCAAGCUGCGCGCUGGGGCCAUGCCCGAGUUGCCGUCUACGUUGUCUCCGACCACGGCGAUCUCGCCGUGGCUCACGGUUCUGAACCCGUCCAACCCGGACCGGAAUAAGGUUGAUGACACCGUGCUUUACAGCCGAUGGCAGCACGUGUUCCCGCGGACGUCGGAGAUGAAGGUCAUGAAAUGGAAGACGCUUUGCUGUCCAGCUGCCGUGCCUCUGACAACGGAGUACUUCCCGACGAAAUCACAAUUUGACAUGGAGUACCAGAGACAGCCCUACGUGAUUGCGCAGAACGCCGAUGACGAGCUCACCGACGAACCGAAGUCGAGGGAGGAGUUCCUGCGCGAGCUUAUCAGCCUGCGCUUCUCUCAGGGCUUCCAGGUCGUCGUUGGCCCGGCCGUCGCGAAAGCCUUUGGGCAGCGGCUGCUCCGGAUCGCAGACAUCUUCUCGCGCGACCAAGCGAUGGAGGACGGCACGAGCAUCUUCCUGUCGGUGGGCAACACGAUCCACCAGCUCUCAUGCGUCAACGGCACGGAGGUCGAGGUGAACAUCUACAUACGGAAGCCGGCCGAGUCGACCAUUGGGGGCUCCAGCUCGGGCCCGCUGUACCGCCCUGCCAUCCGGACCCUAAUGGAAAGCGGAUAUCAGACGCAGGAGGUCGACAUAUCGACGCCGAGGCCGGAGAGGAACUGGAACUACAUCGACUCGUACCUCGCCGGCCACCACGAAGAGAUGACGGAGAACCUCCGCUUCUGGCGGACGAGGAACCAGGCCGGCGACAACGCCGAGGAGGUUCGGCUGGAGGGCAUCAGAAGGCUGUCGCUGUCCUGGCAGAAGCACCGGUACAUCCCGCUGUCCGAGCGCAGGUACCAGACAGCCAAGUCGAAGCGGGACCCCAACCCGUUGGACAUUGUGUACAAGACGGAAGACCCGUCCGUGGUCAUCGCGGCGGAGCUCGACAACCUGCCGCUGGUGGAGGGCCCGGCCGACAACCGCAAGAGACAGCUCGUCUCAAGCCGGGAACGCUUCCGCAAGUCGAACCUGAACCUUGCGGCGCUAGCGGAGGCGAUACAGCAGCCCGUCGAAAACGGCGGGGUCAAGCUUCAGAACCGGAGGUGGCACUUGCGGCUGCACUACAACUGCUUCAUCGGGUCCGACAUGACUACGUGGCUCAUGGACAGCUUUGAGGACUUGGACAGCCGCGAGGAGGCGGAGCAGCUGGGUAACAUGCUUAUGGUCAAGACGUACGACAGGUCAGACGACAAGAAGGACCGCGGAGGGCUGUUCGAGCACGUAGAGAGGCGUCACCCGUUCAGGGACGGGCAGUACUUUUACUCCAUCGCCAGCGAGUACGCGAAGCCGCACCCGCCAAGCUGGUUCAACUCGCGCCGGCGCGACGUCUCGGUGCCGUCGACGCCCAUGUCGGAGAACAUGCCGCGCGACUCGCCGCGGCCGGGCAUGAUCUCGCGGCCGACGUCGAUCAACGAGGAGAACUCACCCAUAUCGGGGUCCACGACCCCGACGGCGAACUCGGCCAUGCUCAACAGGAAGGUGCCCAAAGUGGUGCUCAGCAAGGUCAUCAAGUACGACGUGGACCACCGCAAGCGGUCGUACCGCCCCGAGCGCGUCGACCUGCACUACGACCGGCUGCACAACCCGGACAACUGCUACCACAUCCGCAUCGACUGGAUGAACGUCACGGCGAAGCUCAUCGAAGACGUCGUGGAGGGCUGGGCCAGGGAGGCGGCGACGUACGGACUCCGGCUCGUCGAGGUGCCCAUCAAGGAGGCGUGCUCCAUCACGGACGUGAACCCGUUCCGGCGGCCGUACAUCAUCAAGCUGUCUGUGCCACCGCCGAGCCAGCAGCCGGUGACGUACUACGAGCCCACCGCGUUAGCGCCGCAGACGGCGCCGGGCAAGCACUUUUACCAGAAGGCCAUCAUGCGGAAGCUCGACUUCGUCCUCGACAUGGAGGCGGCCUCCAACUACCCGCGGGACGUCGAGGUCAGCUUCUCCUGGGGGCGGCCGGACUUCAAGUACUCGCAAUACAUCCACCGGUCGGGCGUGCUGCUCGCCGAGAUCAUGGACGACGGGCACUUUCUGGUCCUCGCCAACAGGCUGUUUAGCAACCGCGCCGCGGCGGCGCGGGACAAGGAGCUCAAGGAGAUGCGGGAGGCCAACGUCGCCGAGCGCGGCGGGCGGGGCAUGCCCGUCGGGUCGUACACGCCGUUUGGCAUCUCGGAGCAGACGCCGGUGAACAGCCCGAUGCCAAGAUUUGCGCCAUGAUUGACCAGUUCUAAACCCAUUCUAGCCAGAUUCCGCACUACAACUAAGAAUAUCCUUGGCGUGUAAUCAAGAGCACCCGGACCAAGCCAUU